CCUACAACCAACUCAUUUUCUACCAAACAAACAAACACACACCAGCAUUAGUUAACAGACUUGGAUUCAACCUCAAGCAAUAACAGCUCCUCUUUCCCCAUCUCAUGUCGGCACCCACCUUCCCUUUCACCACUCCACACCAAACAAGAAAAAACUCAAAAUCUCUCUAGUCAAAUCCCACACUGAAAAUCACAAGACCCCUAAAAAACUCAAGCUGAUUGUGUGUAUCUGUGUGUGUUUUUUUCUUCUUGUUCUUCAUUUCGUUUUUCCCUUUGUUCUUGUGGGAUUUCAACUUGGAACUCAGAAAUUGAAUUAAAUUUUGCACCCCACAAGAAAAAAUUCAGAAAUGCAAGUCCAAGAUCGCAACUUUCCGCCGGCGGAUUCCCCCAAAACCCACAAGUCUCAAUCCAGGGCCAAACCCUUUUCGAUUCACUCCAAGAAUCUCGAUUUCUCCACAUGGGCCUCCGAGAAUCUGUACAAAAUCCUGACGAUUCUGCUCCUGAUCGCCACCGUCGCCGCCCUCUUCUUCCUCCGGAACUACUCCACUGGCGGCGGGGACGCGGCGGCGCUGCUCUGCCUCCAGUCCGCCCAGUCGCACUCAGUCCACCCCAAGCUCCCUAAGGUAAUUUGGAACUCGAUCGACCGCAUUGUUGAUAAAACGACGCCGUAUUCCAGCUUCCGAUCAGAGAAAUGGAUCGUUGUCUCAAUUUCGGAUUAUCCAUCUGAUGUUUUGAGAAAAAUGACUAAGCUGAAAGGAUGGCAAGUGCUCGCGAUUGGGAAUUCCAAGACUCCAAAAGACUGGAAUUUGAAAGGCGCUAUAUAUCUAUCCUUGGACGUGCAAGCUCAACUGGGAUUUAGGGUAACAGACUACUUGCCUUACGAUUCAUAUAUCCGAAAAACCGUCGGCUAUCUAUUUGCUAUUCAACACGGUGCGCAAAAAAUCUACGACGUGGAUGAUCGAGGUGAAGUAAUCGACGAUGACAUCAGCAAGCAUUUUGAUGUCGAGCUGAUUGGCGAGAGUGCUCGACAGGAAGUCAUUUUACAGUACAGCCAUGAAAAUCCCAAUCGAACAGUCGUGAACCCAUACAUACAUUUCGGGCAGAGGACCGUUUGGCCGAGAGGACUGCCGUUAGAAAAUGUGGGUGAAAUCGAGCACGAAGAGUUCUACACCGAGGUUUUCGGAGGCAAACAGUUCAUCCAGCAAGGAAUCUCGAACGGCUUGCCAGAUGUCGACUCGGUUUUCUACUUCACCAGGAAAGCCAGUUUAGACUCGUUCGAUAUCAGAUUUGACGAUAAUGCCCCUAAGGUCGCAUUGCCUCAGGGAACAAUGGUCCCGGUUAACUCAUUCAACACGAUUUUCCACUCUUCGGCAUUUUGGGGUCUAAUGCUGCCUGUCUCGGUUAGCACUAUGGCUUCGGAUAUUUUGAGGGGUUAUUGGGCUCAGAGGAUUUUAUGGGAAAUCGGGGGGUAUGUAGUGGUUUACCCUCCAACUGUUCAUAGGCAUGAUAAAAUCGAGGGGUACCCUUUUUCGGACGAAAAGGACCUUCACGUGAAUGUUGGCCGGCUGAUUAAUUUCUUAGUCGAGUGGAGAUCGAACGAGAAGCAUCGACUGUUCGAGAAAAUAUUAGAAUUAAGCCACGUUAUGGCCGAAGAAGGGUUUUGGACUGAAAAAGAUGUACUUUUUACGGCCGCUUGGCUUCAAGAUUUGCUUGCUGUCGGUUAUCAGCAGCCUCGUUUGAUGUCUUUAGAAUUGGAUCGGCCGAGGGCUGCGAUCGGGCACGGGGACCGAAAAGAGUUUGUGCCUCAAAAACUCCCGUCAGUUCAUUUAGGUGUGGAGGAAAUCGGGACCGUUAAUUAUGAGAUUGGGGAUUUGAUAAGGUGGAGGAAGAAUUUCGGUAAUGUUGUGCUCGUGAUGUUUUGUGGUGGGCCCGUCGAGCGAACGGCUCUGGAGUGGAGAUUGUUGUACGGGAGGAUAUUCAAGACGGUUAUUAUGUUGUCCGAGGGGAAAAACGAUGAUCUCGUCGUGGAAGAAGGGCGGUUGGACUAUAUUUACAAGUAUUUGCCUAAAUAUUUUGAAAGAUACACCAGUGCAGAAGGCUUUCUAUUUCUAAAAGACGAUACUGUCCUCAACUACUGGAACUUGCUCCAUGCUGACAAAUCUAAGCUCUGGAUAACAAAUAAGGUAUCAAAAUCUUGGAUGAGCAUUUCAACUGCCGGCAAUGAUUGGUUUGCCAAGCAAGCUGAGAAUGUGAAGAAAGUAGUCUCUACAAUGCCAGCUCAUUUUCAAGUCAACUAUAAAGAAAGCGUAAAAAAAGAUCAACAAGAAAAUCUCAUAAUGUGCAAUUCGGAAGUUUUUUACAUCCCUCGGCAUUUGGCACCCGAUUUUACUGACCUUGUUAGUCUAGUGGGAGAACUCGAUAUUCACCACAAGAUCGCUAUACCAAUGUUCUUUUUGGCCAUGGAUUCGCCUCAGAAUUUCGACGGGGUUUUUGAUAAAAUGAAAUAUAAGCAAAAGCUACAAAGUAAUUCUAGCUCGUUUUAUUCGGCUGAUGUCCCAGCUGUUCACCCCUGGAAUGUGUCUAGCGAGCAAGAUUUUAUAAAGCUUGUGAGAUUAAUGGCGGCAGGUGAUCCUCUGUUGCUGGAGCUAGUUUGAUGAUUUAUAUAAAACAUGAAGACAAGUUUGAGUCGUGAGGCCUCGAAGAGGUCGAAUUGAAUCGAGCAAUGCGAACUGAAAACUUUUGAUGUGUACUAUUCUUUGGAGGAGAGUGAAUUCCUUAUGUAGAAAACUUUUUUUUUUUUUUUUCCUUUUAUUUGCUUUUUCUUGUUAAUCUUCUUGUGGGAUUCUAUCUUUUUUAUUUUUAUUAUUUCCUGGUUGUAGAUUUUGCACAGAGACAGAUUGUGGAGAAGUAAGUUUUGUUUUUCUUUCACCUUUGGAUACUGGAAUUGAAGUAAAUUUUGCAUAAUGCUAAAGAUAAUUUAUUGUUUCUAAGGAUAAUACAUUUGACCAAGCAAAUUUGAUGAGUGUGUUGUUAAGGCUUGU